AUGACAGCGCCACCGCCGUCGUCAGGAUCGAUCGCCAAUUCGGCACCCAUGAGCAUCCUCGCCUACUGUGCCUCAAGCAUCCUCAUGACAGUGACCAACAAGAUGGUCCUCUCCCACUUUGACUUUCGCAUGAACUUCCUCCUCCUCAGCGUCCAGACGACGGUGGCGAUUGUAUUACUAAAAGUGUUCAAGAAUGCAGGAUUGAUAUCGUUCAGGAGGGUCGACAGGACAGAGGCGAAAAAAUGGUUUCCGAUCUCAUUGACCCUGGUCGCAAUGGUCUACACAGGAAGCAAGAGUUUGCAGUACCUGAGCAUCCCUCUCUAUACCAUCUUCAAGAAUCUGACCAUUAUCCUUAUUGCCUAUGGGGAGGUCCUCUCAUCCGUGAUAGCAGGAUGGUCCGAUCUAAAGUCAUUUGCACCCUCGGAUGGGAUCGUCUUCAAUAUUGGAUACUUCUGGAUGGGACUCAAUUGCUUUUCCUCUGCUGGAUACGUUCUCUACAUGCGCAAGCGGAUCAAGUACUUCAACUUCAAGGAUUUUGAUACUGUCUACUACAACAACAUCCUCAGUUUGCCCGUCAUGCUCGUCCUCAGUCUGUUCCUGGAAGGUUGGACAUCGGGAGAGUUUGAACGAACUUUCUCAGAGGAUGUUCGACAGGCGCUUGUGGUGGCCAUGGUGUUAUCAGGAGUGUCAUCGUUUUUGAUUUCAUAUGGAAGUGCAUGGUGUGUACGAUGCACAUCCUCAACAACCUACUCAAUGAUCGGAGCGCUCAACAAACUACCAGUAGCAGCCAGUGGAAUCCUCUUCCUCGGAGACCCAGCAACCGCAGGAAACAUCUUUGGAAUUCUCUUUGGGUUCAUUGCCGGUCUUUUAUACAGCUACAGCAAGACGGCACAGGCACAGACCAAUAUGGCCCUUGCCAAUGGAUCGUCUCUCUCGAAGCCAUUGUUACCCGAGACAUCGGCUUCGAAUCCGGGGGAUGAGGCAUUGGAACUGACCACGCCCGCAAGUUUGCCCAACAAAUCGUCUGUGCCGCCACUAUAUAUUCCUAACCCAGACGGCAAGGUUGCAGAUUGA